CAUGGGGAGCCAGGCGGGUGAGGGCCCUGGGGCCCCCCCCAUCCACUCUGCCAGCAUCCCCGCGGUGCACAGCGUCCCCAUGAGCGUCCUCAUCCGGCCCCUGCCGCCCGUGCUGGACCCGGGCAAGGUGCAGAGCCUGAUGCGGACCAUCCAGGAGGACCCCGACAAGGUGCCCCCCAUCGACGUCCUCUGGAUCACAGGCAGGCAGGGCGGGGACUACUUCUACUCCUUCGGGGGCUGCCACCGCCACGCCGCCUACCAGCAGCUGGGCAGGGAGACCAUCCCUGCCAAAAUCGUCCGCUCCACCCUCCGCGACCUCCGCACCUACCUCGGCUCCUCCACCCCCGAGCUGCAGUAGGGCCCUUGGACCUCCCCUGCCGCGGGCGCUGACAGCCGGACCUGCCAUGCGCCACCAGCCCUGGCGAUGCCCUGUGCCCCCCGCCUGCCUGGCUGAGGCCACAAGGAGAGCGCCCUGCUCGGCCCCCACGAAGGAAGGAGCCUUCAGCCCCAGCAUGCAAAGCCUGGCAGGUCCGAAGGGCAGCCUCCGGGGACCAGGCAGUCCAUAACGGGCAGGGGAGAGGGGUGAUGCUUUUUAAAGCCAGUGCUUUGUGUGUUUGUAUAAUAAAGCCAGUCUGGGUACUGU